AUGCGCCGAGAUGUAUCACGAUGGGCCCAGCGAUGUGAACCCUGCCAGCGUGCGAAAGUCCAGAGGCACAAUCGAACAGCUCUUGGCAAUUUCGACGCGCCGGAGAGGCAUUUUGACCACAUCUACGUGGACCUCCCAGUAGCCGUUCCCAUCCCUGACCAGCAGGCUUCCACUGUCGCCAGGGCUCUAUACGACAACUGGAUUGCCUGUUUCGGAACGCCUUUCACCAUCACCUCGGACCAAGGAGCCCAGUUCGAGUCUGCCCUAUUUACCGAGCUAGCCAAUAUGAUAGGCUCCAACCGCAUCCAAACCACGCCCUACCACCCACAACCAAACGAGAUGGUGGAGCGUUUCCACCAAACAUUCAAGGCGGGACUCAUGUGCUGCCCAGACGCCCUCUGGCCUGAAGCACUGCCUUCAGUCCUCCUGGGACUGUGCAACACCUUUAAGGAGGAACUCCAGGCAUCACCGGCCGAGAUGCUCUUUGACUUUACGCUGAGGGCCAUCAAGCCCAUCCAGGCGUCAAGACAUGUGCCUUCCCAGAAGCCUUUUGUUUUCGCUGAUCUGCAGAGGUGCUCGCACGUCUUCCAACGCAUUGAUGCAAUCCGGAGGCCUCUGGACCCUCCAUACACGGUGCCACACAAGGUCGUCAGGUGCAUCAACAAACGGACCUACACCAUCGAGAUCAACGGUCAACCACGCACUGUCUCCACGGACACGCUAAAGCCAGCGCACCUCGAGGCAGCUGACCUGCCGACGACCGAUUUCAAUGUCGCUGCCCCAGCACCUCCACAGCCAACGGGACCAACGACAACGCCGACGCUGGUACCAACGACAACACUGGCGCCAACACCAGCACCGUUGCCAAAGACGACACCAACACCGACUCCGAUGCGGAGGCCGUAA